AUGUGGUGGUCAUUCCUGAACAACAACUCUUACUACGGGUUUUCUGAUAGCACUUCGCAAUUUACGACUCUCAUCACGACAUGGGCGCAACGAAUCUUGGGCGCUUCCGCCCUUUCUUCAUUGUUUUCAGGGUCGCCCAUGUUCAACACGGUUGCCUUGCUCGUGUUGGGGACGUUACUCGAGGCUGGAAGGAGGACCGGUGACUGGUUAAUGGAGCGCUUUCGGAUACGAUUCCACAUUUCCGCCGAGUUUCGUGACGGUGACCCGACUUAUGACUGGAUAUUCCUAUUCCUGACCGAGAAACAAAUUUGGCGACGCUCAACGGACUUUGUCGUGACUUCCAAAACGUCGAAGAGAAAAUGGGGCAUUCUAACGUCCUCAGAAGAGGGAACCCCAGAACAGCAUGCGGAAUACGUACCAUCUUACCACCUCCCAACGCUUUUCCGAUGGAACGGAUAUUGGGUAGAGACGAGCGGGACGGACUUGAGUGAACCAGUGUCAACAGGUCGUUAUUCUGAUUCUGGUUCCAGAGGAGUCAUAUGUUUGAAGAUAUACACCAGAAACAUAAAGGCUCUGACGACUCUUGUCGAAUAUGCACGAUCUCGCUACAAUGAAGUUAGCAGUCCGCACAUUCUUGUCCAUACGACAGAUAAUCCUGGAUACGGCACGCCGAUGUACUGGGCUGAAGUGACUCAGAAACCAAGACGGCCUCUGAAAACGAUCGUCCUUGAGGGUAACGUUUUGGAGGAUCUCCUAGCUGACGCCAAAGAGUUUAUCUCGAUGGAGGAGUGGUACCGCGAUGCUGGCAUUCCUCAUCGACGUGGUUAUCUGCUAUAUGGUCCACCUGGAACUGGAAAAACUUCGACGAUCUAUGCUAUGGCAGGCGAACUUGGGAUGGGAAUCUACGCCCUCUCUCUAGCUUCCGAUUUCGUCGACGACACCUUCCUCCAGAAAGCCUCAGCCGCAGUGCCAAAGCACUCGAUACUUCUCAUCGAAGAUAUCGACUGUGCUUUCCCGUCUCGAGAGGAAGCCGAAGAGGACCACUGGCGUCAAAAAUCUCGCGUCACUUUGUCUGGUCUCCUAAAUGUCCUCGAUGGAGUAGGAAGUGAGGAGGGAAAGCUCUUUUUUGCAACGACGAACCACAUGGAAAAGCUGGACCCGGCGCUGAUACGACCAGGUCGAGUGGACGUAAGGAUCGAGUACAAGUUGGCCACGAGGAACCAAGCAUCCGCACUAUUCGCUCGGUUCUACCCCAAGAAGCAUAUGGCUUCACUCAAACUCAGUGACCUCAGCGAGAAAUCCCCGUCCUUCGAUGAGGGGAUUGAACUCCUGGCGAGAAAAUUUGCUGAAGGUAUCCCUGAGCACGAGUUCUCGACGGCGGAGAUCCAAGGGUAUCUUCUGAACCAUAAAAAAGAACCGGAACAGGCUGCGGACGGAGUGAAUGAGUGGGUCGAAGUGCAGAGAAAGGCGAGGGAGGAGCUGAGGCUGAAGCUUGAGGAGGAAGAGAAGAAGAAGUUGGCGAGGAAAAAGAAAAAGGAAGAAGAGGACGAGGACAAGGACAAGGACGAGGAGGAUGAGAAGAAGGAAAAGAAGGAGGCGUUGGUGAAGGAACCUAAUGGCCAAACUGUGAGCUCCGACACAUCAGAAUCCGAUGUCACCAAGGUCAAUGAACAGUCCUGA